AUGAAAUUCAUUACACUAUGUUUUUUGGCUGUGGUCACGGUAACAUGCGCUUUACCAUACGAGAAGGAAGACAGCUACAAUGUCGAUGAAACUCUCGAAAACCGACGAGUUUUGCUGCCAUACUUGAAGUGUGCUCUUGAUCAAGGAAAAUGCACUGCUAAUAUGAAAGACAUGAAGAAGGAUAUACGGAAAUCAUUGACUUAUAAAUGUGUGGAAUGUACAGAAAAAGAAAGAAGAGACAGCCGAAAAGUCAUAAAACAUUUGAUAAACAAAGAAAACGAUUAUUGGCAGCAGAUAGUGGCCAAGUAUGAUCCAGAAAGGAAAGUAUCCGACGACUUUGAGAAAGAAUUCAAGGAAUAA